GCGUAGAACACAGAGGACACGCCCACAGUUUCCGGCAUGGUGGACUGACGGACGACUUUCCAUGCAUUCAUAGCUAUAGCAUAUGUCGAUUUAAACUGUGUGGUGUUUGUUUGGUAUAUAAAACAUGUCUUUACGGAUAGAACGACGAGGUGACAGAAGAGUGAUUCUGUAAAAAUAACGAGUCCGUCCUGAGGGUGUUGGCUUGCUAUGCUAAGUUGUAGCAUUGCAGCUUCACAAGGAUGGCGACCACGAAGUACAGUAGCGUGUCGGAGAUGUUUGAAGGCGGAAACAACGUGGUCAAAAUUUGUGCACCGAUGGUUCGAUAUUCAAAGCUGGCUUUCAGGUCCUUGGUGAGGAAAUACGACUGUGAUAUCUGCUUCACUCCGAUGAUAGUUGCUUCUGACUUUGUGCAAUCUGUCAAAGCCAGAGACAGUGAAUUCACCACAAAUGAGUGUGACAGACCCCUGAUUGUGCAGUUUGCUGCCCAUGAUGCUCAGACGUUGGCUGACGCGGCCUGUGCAGUAGCACCUUUCUCAGAUGGAGUUGACCUCAACUGUGGAUGUCCCCAGAGGUGGGCCAUGUCGGCAGGUUAUGGUGCUUGCCUUAUCAACAAGCCUGAGCUGGUUAAAGACAUGGUCAAACAAGUUAGGAACCAAGUGGACAAUCCUAACUAUACAGCAUCCAUUAAAAUAAGAAUCCACAACGACCUGAGGAAGACAGUUGAUCUGUGCCAGAAGGCCGAGUCAGCAGGUGUAUCCUGGAUAACGGUGCAUGGGCGCACAUCAGAGGAGCGCCACCAGCCUGUCCACUAUGACGCCAUAAAGACAGUCAAAGACAGCGUGUCCGUACCCGUCAUUGCCAAUGGGGACGUAAAGUACCUACGUGAUGUGGAGUCCAUUCACCAGCUCACUGGUGUUGAUGGUAGGCUUAAAAACAUGACGCUGCAAUGGACUGCAGUAGCACUCUUCCUCUACAUAGAGAUUGGCAUCCUUGUCAUUCUUUGUUUGCCAUUCAUCUCUGCUAAGAGGUGGCAGAGCGUAUUCAAUUUGAGGAUCUGGAGCCCAGUAGCCCGGUUUUGGAACAAAGUGUUUCUUACAAUGAUUGUUAUACUUAUCGUCCUAUUUCUUGAUGCGGUCCGUGAGGUUAGGAAGUAUUCCCUUAAAAACCUCGGCACGGAUGCCAAACUGCAGCCCAACAUGUUUGACCACAUGCACAUGAAGCUCUUCCGGGCCCAGCGGAACCUUUACAUCUCUGGCUUCGCCGUCUUCCUCUGGCUGGUUAUGAAGCGAGUGGUCACCUUGAUUAACCAGCUGGCUUCCGUGUCAGGGACCACUGCUGCACUUCAGGCGCAGGCUGAAAAUGCAAACAAAGCUGCUAAAAAGCACUUGGAGGACAACGAGCUGUUGAAGAAGACUCUGAUGGAGGGGACAGGAGAUAAAGCAACUGCAGAAGGCAUGGAGCUGUUGAGGAAAGAGGUGGAGAAACUGAAGGAGGAACUAAAAACAUCAGAGGAUGCCCUGAAGAAGUCCAAGAGUGAUGCAGAUGGACUGAAGAAGCAGACGGACGGUCUUGCCAGGGAGUAUGACAGACUGCUGAAAGAACAUCAGGAGCUGCAGAAUCUUCAAAAUCUUGUGAAUAAAAAGGACGACUAGCCACUGUACAAAUUUCCAAGCAGCUCCUGACGUGACCAAGAACACCAGCAAUGAGUUGAUGCCUGAAGUUUUUACAUUGAUGCAUACUUUUUUUGGUAUUUUUUUCCCCUCGGCACCUGACUAGCUUAAAGGGGAGUUUCACGACCGGUUUCGUUUCUGCCUGGCACUGUGGGCCUAAGAGGAUUGCUGCUUCAAUCAAUGCUCUGUCAGAGAAUUCACAGCUCUUCCUUGGCUUGUUGAAAAGGGUUGUUUGUAGACAUUUAAAGGUAGCUUUGGAGUUUUAUUUUGGACCUAAGGAGCCUAUUGGCAUAAUUUCCUUAUAUUAGGCCUGUUAUGCUUCUCUUUUAUCCACAAAUGCUCCAUAUUACUCUUUGCAUCUGUAAAUUAAGGUUGUGUGUGUACGACCUCCCUUCUAUUACUGUAAUCAAAAGUUGCUGGGCUCAGUAAUGUAUUUGCACAUUUAGCAUUCAGUCUUUGUUGACAAAUUACUUUGUGUUUGUUCCAUCGCAGUAUGUCUUUUUUGUUGUAAUUUUAAAGGUGAAGUACUGUGCUACAGAUGUUCAACGUUUACAUCCAGCAACUCCCCCAGGUUUGGUCUUAAUUUGAAUGUCAAUACUUUUGUCUAUUAUUGAACUGCCUGUUUUUCUUGUUUUCUGGAGGGAUGGUGUUGUGUGGAGAAUUUGACUUUGUGGGUCUUUACAAAUUGUUUUAGUUCAAAAUGUUGUGUUUCCCAAAUGCAGCAAUUUUUUACAACAUUUUUCAGAUGGACUGUUGAGGAACUUUGAUCUUCCCUGCUAAUUCUUACCUGUACUAUCAAACAUGCGUCAGGAACAUGCAGAAUGUAUUUUUCUCCAGCAUCUUAAAUAAAAUCGUUGCCUUUUG